AUGGCAGACGAACGUAUUGUCGGCAUUAUUCGAGUUCCGUUGAAUGCCUUUACCUACCAGCCCGGUAGGGGAAGAGGCCAAGACGCGGCAGCCGUUAGGCGUCUUUCCCGCCUCUUCGGGAAGGAUUGCCGGCCCGACAAAUGGGAGCAUCAUAUCAAGGGCGAAAUCAAUGCCGCGACAUAUAACAGAGUAUUGCUCGCACUCGGCAUCUCCGAAGCCGAGUUGCGGAGCACCAUUCAAACAGGCAAAUACCCACUGGUACCUCUUCGGAGAUGCAUCCUCUGUCUUGAUGGACGGCAGAGAACCGCCGCGGCUCGAAGGAGGUUUGGGAAAAAUUUUUACUGGCCCGUGAAGCUUUACCGCAAUCCCAACGUAUCGAUCUUCUCGCGCCAGACCAAAUAUCCAGACGGCGAAAUCUGCUAUCACAUCUUCAGUUUUGAGCUUGGGAAGACGGAUAAAGCCGAGAGUUGGAGACUGGAGCUGUCAGAAGACAAAGAGAAAAUACUCAACCUUUUGCUCCGGAAGGAAAACGGGAAACUCAAGAACAAGGACAUCAUAGAAUCACUCUGGGAGGUUCUCCAAUUUCCCGGCAUGAGGAGAGGAUUCAAGCUCGGAAUAUGGCACAAGUAUCUCGCAUUACUCUGCUCCGAGAACUUGGUACGAUACGUCCGCCGCAUCUUCGACAUCUUUUUUUGGAAGAUCACAGCCGGCAAUCCCCCCCUGGUACCAUAUUUCGACGACGACUCUAUCAGCUGCGUACAGCGCCGUAAUCCCUCGAAUAGCGCCGAUAGACGCUAUAUCCGACGGAUGGUAGAUACGGGCCAAUUUCUCCGUGGCGUAAAAGACGCGUCGGUCCGGCAAAGGAUUAAACAAAACCUAUUCUCCCUCAACGUCAUUGUUCCUAGCUUCGAGACGUUGCACCAAAACAUGAUAUAUUUCUCGAUCGGGGCCAAGAUCUUGAGAAAAUAUAUCGUCGACGAUGAGCCCGAUAAGUUAAGGAGGAAUGGAGGCGACGCUCUGUUCCAGAGCCUACGUGCAUGUUGGAAACCAACAGCCGAGCCUAUCGUGGAGGUUGCGGAAGGCGUUGUUCAGCGUCUACUCUCCUUGAACACGGAAUUGGCCUGCUAUCUGCUCUUCCUCGACGGUCAGAGGGACUUUCCUCAUCUAUCGAACGACCCGCUGCUCCAAGACAGGCGCGGUGAGCCCCCCCCGGCAGCUGGCAAGGACGAUUGGUACGUCUUCCGGCGCCGCGCCCGAGCGAGACAACUUGGCUUUCGCACGACAAAAAUCAGUCGUGGGCUCGCCGAAGCGCCCCCGUUGCCACGUCCGAUGGAGUGGAAUAGGGAUACGCAAGCAAAGGACUGGCGAGGCGGAAAGCCAUCCGUUGGAAAUUUCUUUGACCUGCGGCGCGACGCCUUCCUGCCCACCCUCCAACAAGCCGGUUGUAGAAGAGACGUGACGGCAGCCUUCGUGCAAAAGGAUUUUAUGGAGGCCUUUUUCGGCCCUUGUUCGUACAUGACUGAAGGACCAGAAAUGCCAAUCAAUUGGUCUGCUCCGGGUGGGCUAAGCAUGCAGGUCGACGACGAGGAACAGGUCACACGAGACGCAGGUCCUGAGGAACCGAUGCAGGUCAACGAGACCCUGCUCUCUGCACACGGAGGUCAGGCCUCCAGCCUACCCAGCCAAACGCAAGAAGUUCGGCAUGAGCUUUCCUUCCCUAUGCAGGAGAUCACUCCGCCUCUACCUGAUGGGACGCAAGCGCCAAUACCCAAUCCAACGCCAGUAGACGUGCAAGCGUCAGUGCUUGCCGAGACACUUGAGACUCCGCCUCCCAGAGGCGAUCGGAACAGCGAUCGCAGGCCGCCCAGACGGCGGGAUAGCAAGCCACGCAGCAAAUCCCCCUCCUCUCGGACUCCCAUCUCCCGAAACCGCCGAGAACGGCCUAAAGCGGGGCCGCCACGGUCCCCAAUCUUGCCUCCCGGUCCUACCGGCCCAACAGCUACAGAAGAGCUGGCGAGACAAUCCCGAGCGCCUGAGCCCGUUGAAGUGCCAGAGAGCCAGAACACAUCACACGAGGGGCCGGUACAAGAGCCGAUCCCAGGGCCGAUAGCCGAUCCCACACAGGACCCUGCGCGGUCUCAGAGAGCAGAAGCCCGACAUCGAGCCGAGAAGAGCAAUCCUAAUGAACGCUACAGGCAAUUCAGACGGCCGAAUCGCGAGUCACGCAGCAGGUUCCCCGUCCCCCGAAAUCCUAACUCUCGAAGCCGUCGAGAGCGGCCCAAAUUUGGGCCUCCACGAUCUAUAAUCCUCUCCCACAGCCCUACUCCCAGUUCCUAG